UCAUUCCAUCAAAUAUACUAUCUCCAAUGGCCCUCAACUUUCAUAACAAAUUAGUUGUUCUUGCAGCCCUUUUCCUGUUGGGGUUGUCGGCGUUGGCGUCUCAAGCCACCGCCCGUACCCUCGAAGCAACUUCCUUACGCUUGCGUCAUGAGAAGUGGAUGGUUCGCUAUAGGCGUUCAUAUAAAAAUGAUGCUGAGAAGGCAAAACGAUUCCAGAUCUUCAAAGAAAACCUAGAGUUUAUCCAGUCUUUCAACAAGGCUGGUAAUCAAUCUUACAAACUUGGCACCAACAAAUUUACAGAUCUAACUAAGGAGGAGUUCCAGGCCACCAUGCUUAAUAAAGAGAAGUCAUUCCCACGCCCUAAGACUUCAAAACCAGCAUCUUUUGUGAAUGAGAAUUUGGCUCAAGUUCCAGAUUCUUUGGACUGGAGAGAGUAUGGUGCUGUGACUGGCAUUAAAAACCAAGGAAGAUGUGGUUGUUGCUGGGCGUUUUCUGUGGCGGCGGCUGUGGAAGGAAUAACGAAAAUAAAAACAGGCCAAUUAAUUUCCUUAUCCGAACAGCAACUCCUAGACUGCGACUACAACGAUGACGGCGACGGCUGCGGCGGCGGAAUCAUGACGGAGGCCUUCAAAUUCAUAAAGGAAAACGGCGGCCUCGUGACGGAGUCCGAUUACCCCUACGAGGGCGCUCAGAAAAGCUGCAACACACAAAACCUCGGCACCCCGGCGGCCACCAUUUCAGGCUACGAGGUUGUGGAAGCCAGCGAAUCGGCUCUCCUCGCCGCCGUCGCAAACCAGCCUGUCUCAGUUGGAAUCACCCUCGACGGACAAUUGUUCCAAAGCUAUUCGAGCAAUACCGGAAUUUUCGCCGGCUACAACGACUCCGGCGAUUGUGGGUCCGGACAGUCCCAUGCUGUGACGAUCAUUGGGUACGGGACGAGCGAUGAUGGAAGGGAUUAUUGGUUAGUGAAGAAUUCAUGGGGAACAGAUUGGGGUGAGAAUGGUUAUAUGAAGAUGGCCAGAGGUAUCAGUGCUGAUGGAGUUUGUGGCAUUAACUUGGCGGCUUCUUAUCCCACUGCUUAAAUUUUACUAGUAUAACAAUUAUAUAUUGUUGCCUAUCUUUUGCAACAAGCAAAUUUAUAGUCUUAAAAUGCUUUCAAUUUAUAUAAAUGGGUUGAGCACUCUGAAAAUCAUGUAAUGUAUCAUUAAGUUACAUUGUGAACUGUAACUUAUUUUUAUCUUAUUAUUAAGAAAUGAAUUUCAUAAUGUAUUUUUAAUACAUAGGUUUCUCAA